AUGACUACGAUAUCAAUCGAUCAAAUUCAAAAUGGCUAUCCCGGACUUGCGAAGUUCAUGGGAGGGAAUCUAGACCAGGGCCUUGGAAUCUUCAAGCAAUUCGCCGAACUCAACACACGCAGCCUGCUGUACAUGCAGGCUGAGCUCCUUUGCUUGCAGCAAGAGCUCGACGUUAUCACUCAUGUGGACGAGCAUGGAACGGAUCCCAGUACAAAGAACUUUGCUAGGAGUGUAUGGGAGAUGAAGAGGCCACCGAACAAACCUCAAUGGGAAAAGGUCCUAGAGAUUAGAAGGAAGUUGAAAGACUACAGUGUGGCUCCACCCAUGCCCCAAAUCGUAAGACUGGGUACUGACACCGCUGACGAUGACUGCCUACUCCAGCAAGCCAGCAUCGCAAAACUGGAUCGCGCCAACAAGAACGACCAGAAAUGGCUCAGGGUCUGGCUGCAACACGACGAAGGAGGCAAAAGCUUCCUCGAAGGCUGCGAAUAUCGAGCGUACGACGUGGAGCGACCGGAUUUGAUCUCCAUCUCCAGUAGACCCUCCGACGAUAGAUUCACGCGAUGGCUAGAAAUGAGCUUGAUACCCCAUCUUCCAACUCGCCUACGGAAAAGGAUUCUAGUAAGUAUCGAUCACACUCACACUUUCACUGCGCUCACCGUCUCGAACCAGGAGCCGAUGGCGGGAUCAGAAGAGACAGGCAUAGGGCGAGUCAAGCUAGAAGUCCUCCACCGAUUCGCUCGAGCGCUGAACGUGGUACUAUCGGCUAUCAUUCCGUCGACUGCUAUCGUUGCGCUGUAUAUGAUCAACAAUCUUCCAUACAGAAUCGCGGCUGUUGCAGCUUUCUCGGGAGUGUUCGCAUCUGUUCUAGCUAUCUUCACGACAGCUCGUCCUGUUGAGAUAUUUGCAGCCACCGCAGCGUAA